AGUACAAUAAGUCAAAGGCCGGAUCGGAUAUAUUUUCGAGAGCACGGCGUUUAAUUACGUAAUUUGUUUGUUACAGCGAUUUUUGUAUAAAAGGCAGAGCUUUUUUUUCUUUUCAUCACUUGGCUCGACUUCUCCAAACAGAGCAACAAAAUGGUUCGUCGAGCACUUCUGUGGUUUUGCUUCUGCCUCGUUUUGCUCUUUUCGGCUGCCAACGUCAUCCAGGAUGUCGCACACCCGGCGACCGCUGAAAAGCCAAAGGGCGGCUGUCCUGAGAACUUGACUUUGACGACGCUGGCGAACGGAAAGAAAUACUACUUUUCAAACAAGACGAACAAUAGGCAAAAUUCGUUGGAGUUCUGCGAGGGCAACAAAAUGCACCUGGCGUCGCCGAAAACCAGAGAAGAUCUCGAACUGCUGCACAACAAAGCAAAGAGCAUCGGAACAGCGAAGGACUGGUGGGUGUCGCUGUCGAACGAGGGCCACGCCAAAGACGACUUCAGGUGGCACGACGGCGAGCGCGUCGCCCUGAACAGCACCCUGUGGGACAAGUUCGAGCAGGAGCCGGACCAGUACACCGGAGCGACCGACGUGUGCGCCUACAUCAACACCAAUUCCCAGAUCGGCUUGUGGGACUACUACUGCGCAGACUCGACCAACUCUUUCAUCUGCGAGUGCAGCAAUUAAAACAAAUGAGAGUUGUUUAAAUAAAACAAAAAAGCUUUUUUUUCGAAAA